GAGCGCACGUGCGGGCGCCGGGCGGGGGAGCGGGAGGCGGGAGCGGGGCCACGGGAGGAGGGGAGGCGCCGGGGGCGCGCGCGCGCGCUGGGCGCUGCUGGGCUGCUGGGCUGCGGCGGCGGCGGCGGUGGUUACUAUGGCGGAGUCGGCCCGAGCCUCCUCCUUCUUCCCCCUUGUCGUCCUCCUGCUCGCUGGCAGCGGCGGGUCCGGGCCCCGAGGGAUCCAGGCUCUGUUGUGUGCGUGCACCAGCUGCCUACAGACCAACUACACAUGUGAAACAGAUGGGGCCUGCAUGGUGUCCAUUUUCAACCUGGAUGGGAUGGAGCACCAUGUGCGCACCUGCAUCCCCAAAGUGGAGCUGGUCCCCGCAGGGAAGCCCUUCUACUGCCUGAGCUCCGAGGACCUGCGUAACACGCACUGCUGCUACACUGACUUCUGCAACAGGAUUGACCUGAGGGUGCCCAGUGGACACCCCAAGGAGUCUGAGCAAGCUUCCAUGUGGGGCCCUGUGGAGCUCGUAGGCAUUAUUGCCGGCCCAGUGUUCCUCCUGUUUCUCAUCAUCAUCAUUGUUUUCCUUGUCAUCAACCAUCAUCAGCGUGUCUAUCAUAACCGCCAGAGACUGGACAUGGAAGAUCCCUCUUGUGAAAUGUGUCUCUCCAAAGAUAAGACACUCCAGGAUCUUGUCUACGAUCUCUCUACUUCAGGGUCUGGCUCAGGUCUACCCCUUUUUGUCCAGCGCACAGUGGCCCGAACCAUCGUUUUACAGGAGAUUAUUGGCAAAGGCCGGUUUGGGGAAGUGUGGCGUGGCCGCUGGAGGGGUGGUGAUGUGGCUGUGAAAAUUUUUUCUUCUCGUGAAGAACGGUCUUGGUUCCGGGAAGCAGAGAUAUACCAGACAGUCAUGUUGCGCCAUGAAAACAUCCUUGGAUUCAUUGCUGCUGACAAUAAAGAUAAUGGCACUUGGACACAGCUGUGGCUUGUCUCCGACUACCAUGAGCACGGCUCCCUGUUUGACUAUCUGAACCGGUACACAGUCACAAUCGAGGGGAUGAUCAAGCUGGCCUUGUCUGCUGCCAGUGGGCUGGCACACCUGCACAUGGAAAUAGUAGGCACUCAAGGGAAACCUGGAAUUGCUCACCGAGACUUAAAGUCAAAGAACAUCCUAGUGAAGAAAAAUGGCAUGUGUGCUAUCGCAGACCUGGGCCUGGCUGUUCGUCAUGAUGCUGUCACCGACACCAUUGACAUAGCUCCGAACCAGAGGGUGGGAACCAAGCGAUACAUGGCCCCUGAAGUGCUUGAUGAAACCAUUAACAUGAAGCACUUUGACUCCUUCAAAUGUGCUGAUAUCUAUGCCCUCGGGCUUGUAUAUUGGGAGAUUGCUCGAAGAUGCAAUUCUGGAGGAGUUCAUGAGGAAUAUCAGCUGCCGUAUUAUGACUUAGUGCCCUCUGAUCCUUCCAUUGAGGAAAUGCGAAAGGUCGUAUGUGACCAGAAGCUACGUCCCAACAUCCCCAACUGGUGGCAGAGUUAUGAGGCUUUACGAGUGAUGGGGAAGAUGAUGCGAGAGUGCUGGUAUGCCAAUGGUGCAGCCCGCCUGACUGCUCUGCGCAUUAAGAAAACCCUCUCCCAGCUCAGCGUGCAAGAAGACGUGAAGAUCUAAUGUGCUCCCUUUCCCCUACCUGCAAUCCUGGGCAGCGAGAACUACACAGAGCUGCCGUGUUGAGCGUACGAUGGAGGCCUACCUCUCAUUUCUGCCCAGCCCUCUGGCCAGGAGCCCUGGCCUGCAAGAGGGACAGAGCCCGGGAGACUCGCUCACUCCCUUGUUGGGUUUGAGACACAAGACACCUUUUCUAUUUACCUCCUGAUGGCAUGGAGACUCUAAGAAUGGAUGGUGUAGAGAACUCAAUGCCACAGCUCAAACUGGUUGUGGGGCAUCCCACAAAACCAGGUGCACCUGGCACGUAGCCAGGAGUGGUGACAGGGCGACUUGGGAGGGGCCAGGAGAAGCCAAGGGCUGCCUUUGCUAGCAGCCCAGGGUGGUCUCCUCCAGGGACCAACCCCAGCACACUGUGGUGGCCCCAAGGAACCGCAAGUACAGCCCCUCUGCAGGCAGCUGUGCUCCCCUCCUCCCUCGCACGGACAUCUGGAGGGACUGCCCGUGGAGACAGACUCUGCCGCCUGUCUGUCCAGCCGUGUGUGCAUGUGCUAAGGUGCGUCCCCUGUUGUGCCUGGUCCGUGCCACGCCCUUACACGUGUGUGUGUGUGUGUGUGUGUGUGUGUGUGUGUGUGUGUGUGUGUCUGUCUGUCUGUCUGUCUGUAGGUACGCACUUACCUGCUUGAGCUUUCUGUGCAUGUGCAGGUUGGGGGUGUGGUUGUCAUACCGUCUCUGCGUGCUGGUGCCUCUGUUCAGUAGUGAGCAGCAUCUAGUUUUUCUGGUGCCCUUCCUGGAGGGCUUCCCGUCCCACCUGCACCACUUCCCCCCAUCCCUGCCUCAUGCCAUGGUGGCAUUCCCUUCCCAGCAGGCUGCUCAGCCCACCCUGUGUCAACACAGCUCUCCUCCGUUUCAGACUGUAACCAAAGCUGGCACACGUGUCCAUGGCAAGCAGGCAAGGCUUUGGGGUACAAGUGGAAGGGGGGAGGGAUGAGGGGCUGGGUAGGGAAAGAAUCUUGGCAGGAGUCUUGGGUGUUGUGGUCAGUGGCAGCCAUGGGAAAUGAGCCAACCCAAGGGCAUCGUCCUCAACAGCAAGGAAGGGCCAAGGAAUCCAAAGCCCAGACCUUGGCACUCCUCUUGGAAUGUCACAUCUGUCUUUCACAUCCCAGAUCAUGGAAGCAGCGGUGUAUAUUUUUGAUGGUGGUGGUGGUAGUGGACUUAGGGUGGGGAAGGGAGGGGUGGGUGAGGAGUAGGGAAGGGGGUGGGUCUGGGAGGGAGGCAUCUGCAUGGGUCUUUUAUAGGAUCUGAUCACGGUGAAGGGAAGAAGUGAGACUGGCAUCCACUUCAGGGGCCUCCUCAAGGGAGCUGCCUGAGCCACACCUGCUACCUGACCUGAGGAUAGUAUUUAAUGCCGCCUAGCAGAAAGGGGGGGGGGGGUGUCAUCUGAAUGGCACAUCUUACGUAUAUAAUCAUUUUGAAGCCAUAACUUUUAACUGGAGUGGUUUGAUUUAUUUUCUUUUACUGGAAGGGCCUUGAUUUUAACUUCUUUUUUUUUUUAAUAUCAUUAAGUUUUUAUAAAAGGAACACCAUCUCUAUGUGAUGAUUACCUCUCACCCUACAUGCUUUUAAAGAAAUCACUACUACAGAAACAACCACAAAAAGAAAUUCUCUGAAUGCACACAGCUCGAUCACACUGGAAAUGUCUGUCCUUGCACCUGAGCCUGUUACUACUUGGGAGACUUCCUCUUUGCCCUGGAGGUUAGUCUCUCUCUUGUCUUGUCCCCACCCCCACCUCCAGCCCCAGGAGUGGUUUCUGCUCUGGGGUGGGAGCUUCUUUGUGAAUUGUCAGACUAGUUGACCCUUCUCCAGGUAUUUAUUCAGUAAAUACUUAUUUAAUGCCUGUUGGAUAUCAGGCACUGUGCUAAGCACUGGGAACACAUGUGUGAGCAAGACAGGCUUGGCUCCUACUCUUGGAACACUGAAGAAAGCUGCUUCAAGGAUGUGGGUGCCUGUUUUGUAAGCAGAAAAUUUCAUUGUAACUUCUGAGAGCCUUGUGCCCCUUGGAAUAACUGCUCUCAUCCAAGACCACUGAAGAGCAAGGAUGCCCCCACCUAGCCAAGUGACUUUUGGUGAGCAGUUAGGCCCUGAUCACUGCAUUCAUCUUGAGCCUCCUUUCCUGCCUCCCCACCCACCCAAAGGAGGCACAGUUUGUAUACCGCCUUAGAAGCAUCCCUGUGUCCAGCCCAGCGAUUCUCUGCCAAAGCUUGUGGGAGAGGGAAGAGCCCUCUCCUGUCUACAUUGGUCUUCCCAAUGCCCCUGGCUUUCCUAUUUAUUUCCCUGAUGUGUUGCUUUCCUUGCAUUAAAGGAGAUCUUCCCCUAACCCUUUGGGCCAAUUUACUGGCCACUAAUCUCCCAGGAAUACCAAUUGUGUCACUAGGGGGACCUCCAGCCCUACCCUGCUGAUCACCUCACCUAUCUGCCCUGCAGCAGAGCCUGGUGGGUAAAAGGCCAGAGUGGAACUUAAAUUCCUACCCCUGUUACAACCAGCCUCUGGGAUCUGCCAACACUCCUCAACCUUGGGGGGCUCCCAAGCCACUAGCCCAUUCCCCAGGUGGUCUUCUGUCCUCCCUACAUUGUAAUCCAGCUCGUCCACCUCUGGGGAAGACAAGCAGUUUGGGGGGAGUUCCCACCCCCAGCUCUGCCACUCUGUAAUACCUGGAGUGAGGAGCUAGGAAGCUGGGGAGUAACUGAAGUGUAAAGCUUGGUUUUAAGCCCCCGAGGCUAACCCUAAUCCUUAGGGCUACCUGCACCUCUGGAUUCACAGACCAAGUCCAAGCCCGUUCUUAUGUUGCCAUCAAGGCCCCCGAACGGCAUUCUCGGUACUUCUGUUUGUUUUUUGUACAUUUUACUAGAAAGGACUGUAAAAUAGCCACUUAGACACUUUACCUCUUCAGUAUGCAAAUGUAAAUAAGUGUAAUAUAGGAAAUCUUUUGUUUUAAUAUAAGAACGAGCCUGUCCAAUUUCUGCUGUACAUUAUUAAAGUUUUAUUCACAGA